CGUAGUAAAUGGAAUCUUACACGCACUUGCUUUAUUAUGCCAGAGGUUACUUAACAGGUGGAACAAAGCUGUAGCAUCAACUGAUGCUUGGUCACUGCUCAGUGUAAAGAUGUCAGCAAUGACAUUCCAAGAAAUCGUUUUUGCUGUCCUGUUUUCUGUAGUUCUGGUCUUCAAUAUAGCAGGAAAUUCUCUCGUUAUUUACAUCAUCACCAAUGGACGAGGAAUGAAAACCUCCACAAACUAUCUGCUGUUAAACUUAGCUGUUGCAGAUAUUUUAUGUGGUGUUUUUCUUACUCCUAAAUUCAUAAUCCAACCUUUCUUUCGUCAUUCCGUGCCAGAUGGAGUUCUUGGUGAGUGGCUGUGUAAACUGCUGUUAUUUUGUAACAUCGCAUGGAUGGCGUCCAGCGCUUCUAUUUUCACUAUGGUUUGUUUAUCAGUUGAACGAUACUUUGCUGUUUGUCGUCCUCACAACUUCCGUCAGCGUUUCUCGCCGAAGAUCGUCAAAGUGCUCGUUAUGGUGUCCUGGAUAUAUGCUGUUGUUGUUGCGUCCCCGACAUUUGUUUUUACCCAUUUCAGCAGAGAAAGUUUUGCUUGCGACAUGAACAUUCCAGGUCAUUCUAUCUUUAUUCUGAUAGAAUCAGUAUGUUUUUUAAUUUUGAUGGUGUUUCUCCUGACCAAGAUAUGCAUGUCCCUCUGGUGCAAGCAGACAGUCGAACCUACAGGAGAACGAGAUAUCGCCGACAACAAGAAGAAAAAGAAAGUCACUUGGUGUGUUCUUGCUGUAGUUGUCACAUUCAUCGUGUGUUGGUUUCCUUCUUAUUUAUAUUAUAUAAUAGAUGGAUUCACAUCCAGAACUCCAAUACUUGUCACAUUAUUGCUCGCGUCUGUUAACGCUGCUCUGGACCCGUAUCUAUUUAGCUUUCAAAGUUCAAGAUUCAAGGUUUUGAUCAAAAAAGUACUUUGCUGUAGAAAAGAGUCAUCGUAAUUAGAUGGGACUGAUCGGGAAAUACAUGCAGAAUUAGACAUUGUCGAGGUAUUAAAAAAAUUACUUAAAGCCAAAGCAUGGCAAAGCAACUGUUUGUAACAGUGUAGUGAAAGCAGACGAAUAAAAAUGAA